GUGAAAGCGGUGAGACCGAAAGCGCCAGCGCAGGAGGAUGUAAACAAAAAACUUCAGCAAGUUUUCGGGCUUUAAAUUUGGGCUAAAAAUGGAGAAACACUGAAAACAAAGUCCAGCGGGUGUCAGCGGAGUCGCCCAGCAGCUGUGCAGAGCUGGUUUCCCGGCAGUCGGAGACCCCGUCGCUGUUAUUUUAGCGUAUUUUACUCCAAACAGUCGCGCUUUUUCGACAAAAUGUUGAGCUUCUUCGGGUUUCGGAAGGAUUCGGCCAAAAAAUCUCCGACUGAGAGAGAAACCGAUGGAUUCGUCUUUCUUGGGGAGACUCCUGAGGAGCAGAGGCAAAAAAUGCAGCCCUCAAACCCUGUACAGCCAUCCACCAACGUCAUUGUGCAGCCAUCAAAGUCGUCCAGUGCGGGGCUGAGCAGAACUACAGAAGCUGUCCAGUCCACUCCAGUGGCGCCGACCGCUAAAUCCUCCACAGAGCCGCAGAGCACAGAAGCAGCCCCGGCUCUUCCAGAGCUUCUGGGAGAUAUACCGUUCACCUUGGCACCGCAUAUCCUGGCCAUGCAGGCCGGCCUGCCCCUCAUACCAGAGUUCGUCCUGCCUCGAGACAUCAACGAAAACCUGGCCAGCUUCUGUUAUGACUUCACCCUGGAAAACUCGGUGCUCUAUGAGCCAUGAGGCCUGUCGGUUGAUCUAAACACCCCUGGGCCUUUCUUAGAGCAGCAGUUCGGCUAAAUUUAGAUUUACACUGUUUUCCCCUUCCUCACCCUAAACGUGGUCGAUCUGCGUAGACGUGUUCGGCGUCUGAAGUUUGCUUCUGUACUUUUGCACUUGAGCUCUAGAGCGAAUGCAGCUAACGAGUAAUGGAAGUUUAAAGCCCGCCGAUUAGCAAUGUACACACUGCGUACAGACGGCCUGAAUCAGUACACACAUCACUCUGAUCUGAAUCAGACUUGCUUAUGCGGUUCCCGUAUAAACUGGUUCUGUCCGUGUUUAUAGAUGACCGUCUGUCAGAAACCGCAUAAGCAAGCACAUCCAACUGGACAUGGUUGGAAACACGUGUCACGCUAGACGUUUGCGCUUCAUGUCGCCUUCCGAAAUUCUGAAAUGUGAAACAAACGUGGCCAAAAUGUAUAGAUGAUUAUAUACGUGGAGCACAGCGCUGCUCACUGAGCUGUAGCAGCAACGUGCUGACCCGACCUUCCCAGCGCCCCAGCUGCAGGCCGAGGCCGGGCUGAGGAUCGUUCUUUAUUGGGCCUCAGCAAUGCAGCUGUGGGUUGGGGGGGAGGUUUGCAGCCAAACUGCUGAAAUCCACUGCUUUAUUAUUAUCAAUCCUGUUCUUUAUAUUAUUCUCGUAGUAUUUUUUAAGCUUAACGCUUGACAUUAAUUGAAGUUUGUGAUUUUAUACAUCGUCUCUGUUGGCCCAUGCAUGUAUGUAGGUUGCGAUUGGCUGCUGUCAGGCGAUGGCUGCUGGUCCUGGAGGUGAAGGAGUCAAAAGUGAAAAAAUUGACGUUAACCUCUUUAACUCCUCGGGACCACCGGUGGCUCCAAACCGCGCUCCGUCAUGUUCCUCAUAACGUUCAUACUCCAUAAGCUCCAUUCAGAAGCUGGGCGUCGUGUGAGGCUGUAGCUCUUCUCUCCAGUCUAAU